AUGUCAGAUCACGCAGCGAAGCGAAGAAAGACCAAUUUUUCCUCUGAAAAUGCCGGCAAAUCUAUGAACAGCCAUGAUAAUUUCAAAAAUCAAGGACCCGGUGUGAACAAACGCCAUGGCGACAAGAACGAUCAUUCCGCGGAGCUCGCCUCUGCCAGCGGCUUCUACAAGUCUAGUCUUUUCAAACUACAGCUGGAUGAGCUGCUGACCGAAUCGCGACCUAAUUACGAUAAACAAGUCUCAAGAAUUCAGGAAACUCUUCGCAAAGUGAAAGACAUUUUUGAACGGCUUCCCGAGAUAUCGCCCAAACCAGCUUCUGACGCCGAAAAGGACUUACGGCGCGUACACGACAUAGUUGUUCCGUAUCCUGAACCGCGUCCAGGAAAGGACACGAAAUAUACCGUGGCAUAUGCCCGACCGUCGAAUGUGAAUGUUGUAGGCAGCUUUGCGCUCAGAACAGGGGUCAAGCCUGAUGCUAUCUACACUGUUGACUUGGCAGUGACGAUGCCGAGCUCACUCUUUCAGGAAAAGGAUUAUGUCAAUCAUCGAUUCUUUCACAAAAGAGCCUAUUAUAUCUCAUGCCUAGCGGCAGGGAUUAGAGAGACUCAAGACGCCGACAUCGAUGUCAGGUUUGAAUUGCAGGAUGGCGAUAGUCUUCGUCCGAUUCUCGUUUUGCAGCCGGCCGACGCCAUGGAAAAGGGACACAUGAAAACCCAAAUUCGUGUAAUUACUGCGACCGAAGACGGCCUAUUUCCCGUCACACGGACUUUACCCUCAAAAAAUAACAUACGCCAGAACUCCACUGAGGAUGGGGAUCGUGAACAAUCAACUCCAUUUUACAAUGGGGCCCUCCGGGCAGAAUCUACCGUGGCGUCUUAUCACAAGACUCAUUACGCAGCUAUCCGAAACUGCGAGUCCUUCAAAGAUGCAUGUGCUCUUGGUCGAAUCUGGCUUCAACAACGGGGCUUUGCCUCCUCAUUCCAAACCGGAGGAUUCGGAGGAUUUGAGUGGACUACACUGAUGGCACUUUUACUCGAAGGUGGGGGGCCAAAUGGGAAGCCUGUUCUCCUGAAAUCCUACAGUAGCUACCAACUCUUCAAAGCUACUGUACAAUUUCUUGCAGGAAUGGAUUUGAUGAAACCGUUGUUAUUGCAUUCUUCGGACAUCCAAUUCCCCAGUGACACGCCCGUGCUAUACGAUGGCAAAAGAGGACAGAAUAUCCUUUACAAAAUGACAUCCUGGUCUUAUGGAUUCCUCCGUCAUGAAGCAAAAAUUACGGUUCAGAUGUUGAAUGAGUCUCGUGAUGAUAACUUUGAGAGCGUAUUCAUUCUGAAAGUUAACGAGCCCAUGCUCAGAUUUGACCGUCUCAUGGUGCUGCCGACUUCGGAUCAGUUCAACAUUCUUCGAACUGUCCGCAAUUGGAACGCAAUUUACCAAGUACUUUCAAGAGCAUUAGGCGAUAGGGUGGAGCAAAUAUACCUUCAUGGUCGCUGCACUAGUUCUUGGCGUGUGAACGCAAAACCAUCUCGCAAAGACAUGGACAAGGCUUUUUCCGUCGCACUACUCUUGAACCCCGAAAAUGCCACACGCGCUGUGGACCAUGGUCCAGCAGCGGAACAGAAGGCAGAGGCCGAAGCGUUCCAGUCUUUCUGGGGACAAAAGGCCGAGCUCAGACGUUUCAAAGAUGGGAGCAUUCGAGAGAGUUUGGUGUGGUCUGAAGACCAAACCGCACCGUCUAUUGUGCACCAGAUUUUGUUGUAUAUCCUGCCGCAGCAUUUUGAUUAUGUUGAGCAUGAUAUUCAUUACAUCGGCGAUGAAUAUGACGACGAACUCUACAAGAAUGGUGACGGCAUAUUGUCGUAUUCUAACCCCUCGUUCCAGCUCAUCAAUGAUGCUUUCCAAUCCUUGGAGAAAAAAUUACAGACCAUGGACGAAGUUCCGUUGACUAUCAGACAUGUGGCCCCGGCGAGCUCACAUCUGCGAUACACUGCGCUGCAUGUCCGAAAAACCCGUCAACCAGUUGAUAUUGUACUUCAAUUUGAAAGCUCCGGCCGAUGGCCCGAUGAUCUGGUGGCCAUCCAAAUGACAAAACUGGCGUUCCUUAUCAAGAUCGGGGAUUCUCUGAAACAAGCCGGGAUUGCAUCCUGCAAUGUCGGAAUAGAGAAUGAGUCAAGCAGAUACCUGAACACUGGCUUCCUGGACGUUGAUGUAUCCGGCGUCACUUUCCGCCUCCGGAUCUACCAUGAGCGGGAACAGGUCUUGUUAGAACGUCAGCUCAAGGAGAAGUCAGAAACCGUACAAGGAAAACAAGAGAUCACAUACGCUCUGUCUAUGUACAAGCGGACCUUCAUCCAGUUGCCCCGCUUGACACUCGCCAUUCGCACGCUAUGCACCCGCUUCCCGUGCUUGUCUCCAACAAUUCGCCUGGUCAAACAUUGGUUUGCUAGCCACCUUUUCACCGGCCACGUCUCGGAGGAACUAAUUGAGCUACUGGUUGUCCGGUCUUUCACCCAGCCAUACCCGUGGGAGUCCCCUUCCACCAUAAUGCUGGGGUUCCUAAGAACGCUCCACUUUCUCUCGCGAUGGGACUGGCGAGAAGAUCCCUUGAUGGUCGACCUGGGUGGGGAACUAGACCGGGACACUAUUGGAAAAAUCCGCACUCGAUUUUCCGCGUGGCGGAGUGUCGACCCAGGGAUGAACUCGGUGGUCCUAUUUGCAGCAUCUGACGUUGAUGUUGACGGCAUUACGUGGACCCAGUACGAAACGCCCUCAAAGGUGGUUGCAGCCCGGAUGUCUACGCUAGCCAAGGCGGCCAUCAAACUCCUCCGCGAGGAAGGUGGUGCACUCGACGUAUCGAAGCUUUUCAGCACGUCCCUUGCGCCUUACGACUUCACCAUCGACCUACGCCCGAUCAAAUCCGGCGAUAGUUUGAAGUUGUCUGGGAAAUACAAGAAUAUCGAUGAGCAGAACUCUCGGGACCUAACUGCCAAACACAACGCCGUCAAAUCCUUCGUCCGUGACCUGCAGUCCUCAUUUGGUUCGAACAUCCUUUUCUUCCACGGAGAUGAAAACUGCGAUGUGAUCGCUGGAAUCUGGAAUCCGACCACCAUGGUGCCCAAAGCGUGGAACUUGAAAAUGGCGUAUUCGACGGUCCCGAAGGCCGACGAAGAAGAUGGCCGUGUUGCCAUCAACCGUGAAGCUAUCUUGAAUGAAAUCUCACGGGUAGGGGCUGACAUGGUCAGCAGGAUUACGGUCAAGGGGUAGUUAGGUGGAUAAUUUGUAGAUUGCUUGUGACGG